AGCCCGUUUCGCAGAUAAGCAACUUGUGGCAUCCAUCCAACACGAAAUACUCCCAAAACCCAAUUUUGUUUUGAUUCAAAACUCCUUCGGAUAUUCAAUCAAAUUACUCCCAUUCGACCUUCAACUCCAUAGCCACCUCCCUCCGCCAAGAUUUCCAUUGCUUUGAAGACUGGUAUUUUCUUGUGAGAUUUCUUGAUUGCUAAGCAAAGACUGCAAAUUUCGUUCGAUAUCUGCAAACCCUUUUGGUAAAUUUGGUUAAAGAGGUCGACUUUCUGGGAUUUGAGAGCACUCAUUUGAGGGGAGAUGGAGAUUGACAAGGCAAUCAAAGAGUGUGAUGAUCGAAGGCUUAAGACCAAGUACAACAGCGCUAUCUAUGUUAUUCAGAGAGCUCUUGCGCUCUACUCUAUUGAAGAGGUUGCCUUCAGCUUUAAUGGGGGAAAGGAUUCAACUGUUUUGUUGCACCUACUCAGGGCUGGCUGCUCUUUGCAUAAAGGGGAGCAAAGCUGUUCUAAUGGGGGUGUAAAAUAUUUUCCAAUGCGAACGAUAUAUUUCGAGUGCCCAUCUGCUUUCCCUGAAAUCAACUCGUUUACUUAUGAUACAGCCACUACCUAUGGUUUGCAACUGGAUAUCAUUCGCUCUGAUUUCAAGUCUGGUUUGGAGGAUUUACUAAAAUCCAAACCAAUCAAAGCUAUUUUCCUUGGUGUCCGAAUCGGUGAUCCUACUGCGGUUGGUCAAGAACAAUUCUCUCCCAGUUCUGUUGGAUGGCCACCUUUCAUGAGGGUGAAUCCUAUAUUGGAUUGGUCAUACAGAGAUGUGUGGGCCUUUCUCUUAACUUGCCAAGUGCAGUACUGCAGUCUUUAUGAUCAAGGUUAUACUUCAAUUGGAAGCAUAUAUGACACAGUUCCAAAUGCAUUAUUGAGCAUUAACAAUUCAUCUGACAACAAAGAAGUAUUUAGACCUGCGUAUUUACUUUCUGAUGGAAGAUUAGAGAGAGCCGGAAGGGCUAAAAAACUUUCUUCUUCAGUUCGUGGGCAUCAGUCUGCUGUUAUGAAUGGCCUUGAUGGUGUGGGCUUACAUGGGAGUAGCCUACUCAUGUCCUCAGCCAUUGCUGUGGGUGAUGAGAUUCUGUUUGGCACUGUUGAGGAUCAAAUAGGGCCUUCAUUGUGUAGAAAGCUCCAUUCUAUUGGCUGGUCGGUAUCACAAACUGCUGUUGUUCGGAAUGAUAUAGAUGCUGUCGCCGAAGAAGUCGAGCGACGACAAUCAACUGAUGAUAUGGUAUUUAUGUAUGGAGGGGUUGGUCCACUGCACUCAGAUGUCACUUUGGCAGGUGUUGCAAAGGCUUUUGCUGUUCGUCUGUCUCCUGAUGAAGAAUUUGAAGAAUAUCUAAGGCAUCUUAUAGGUGAUCAAUGUACUGGUGACCGGAAUGAGAUGGCUCUGUUGCCUGAAGGUAUCACUGAACUAUUGCAUCAUGAAAAGCUGAUUGUCCCUUUGAUCAAGUGUAAAAAUGUAAUAAUCCUUACUGCAACAAAUAUCUUGGAGCUGGAUGAGCAGUGGAACUGUCUAAUUGAACUAAUGAGAUCCGAUAGUGCACUAGCAACGAUGCAACCAUUUGUAUCUAAGCACUUGACAACAAACCUUACAGAUGUCGAAAUUGCUCAACCUCUGUCAAAACUUUGCCUUGAAUUUCCAGACCUUUUCAUUGGGUGUCGUCGCAAAUCCAGGACGGAGCCUGUUAUAAUCUACUUCGAGGGCAAGGACCAAGACCGAAUUCAAUCAGCCAUAGAGGCAUUGUGCAAGAAGUUCCAUCCGGGGGCUUUUGUCGAAAUCAACUCAAGUUGAUUGCAGCGGUUGUUCAAGUGGUCUUCUUUUGCUUCAAAAUGCUGAGUUAUUCUCCACUUGAACCGGCCUCUCGUAUACCAAAAUGAUGAUGGAACAAGCGGAAUCCUCUGUAUAUUUCGAUGGAACAAGGAGUUCAUUGCAAUGGAAUUUGGAAGGGGAGCAAGACGAGAAGGAAAACAGAAGAACAUUAUAGAUGCUGGUAACCGGGCAAAGCCCGCUCCUCCCUGUAAAUGGAGGAAAUGUUAACAGUCAUCAUCUCAUAGUUUACUAAACCAUUACAAUUCUAUUUGAGGUGAUCGACCGGACGGUUCUUUUCGAUCACUUGUUAGCUUAUCUCGAUGAAUGACAUAAAUCCAGUGUAAAACUACCGAAUUAAGGUAGAGUAAUACUUGACAUGAAUCCAAGAAUCGUGUCACUAUGUUAGUGUCAUUUUAUUACA